AUAAUUACUACGGAACUUUGAGAAGUGGGAUUUGGUGGAUGGUUGGUUUUUGUCCAGCCCUACAUCGGAAUCCUUAUAAGGUCUAAAAACCUUUUCAUGUUUCCCUGACUUUUAACGAAUCCUAAGGUGAUAUUAAUCAGGAAGCAAACCAAACUGAAUUUCCAGGCAACAUUUUAAUUGAGUAAUAUCAAAAACAACGUUAAUUCAUCAUCUCAAGAGGAUACCUUAGUUUUAAUAAAAAUUGGCCAGGUAAAUAAAGAAGACAAACUUUAUCAUGCACUUCCGAAGAAAACUAUUUUUCAAUUUUCGCCUUCGAACUCUUUCUAAAUUUAUUGUUAUCCUGAUACUUACUUGUUUCAUGUUAUUCAGUAUUUAUGUCACAAAUCGAAAUAAAAAUCAUCUUGAUCUAAUUACUAUAGAAGGAGCAGGCACAGAACUUUAUGAUUUUGGUGUUAAUGUUGUUGUAUUUAAAAAUGUUUUUAUUGAUCCAUCUAAAGUCGUUGGUGCAAUUGGAGGCGAAGAUCCUAUGAAAGUCGCUAACCAACCAGAAUCUUAUGAACUCUUGGAAUUUCAAUAUGGAUUUAUCAAAACUAGUGUUAAGCCAAAUAUAAAAAAAGAACAAUUACGUUCGUAUGAAACUAAUGUAAUUACGUUUCUCAAAUCGGUGGAGGUACUUGAUUCCACGAACUUGGAUACAACCAAUAUCUAUAAGGAAAAAAUUGUCUUUUUAAUUACACGUGUAGAAUAUGCUAAUUUAUAUCAUACAAUGACUGAUUGGUAUAAUACUUAUUUAACAAUGAAAUUACUUAAUUUAUCCAUUAAUAAUAUACAUUUAUUAAUAACUGAUGGACAUCCUAUAGGUAAUUUAGAUGAAGUAUGGUAUCAAUUAUUUAAUUAUUCUAUAUCAAGAAUUGGUGCCUAUAGACAAAUUACAAAUUAUAUUCAUCAGAAUAAUACAAAUUUACUACGAAUAUUACCUAUGAAUAAGAAUCAUCUAUUACAUAUACAUAAACUUGUUAUAAUACCAUAUGGUUAUUCAAGUCCAUUAUAUGUAGAUAAACCCCUUUUAUCUAAUAUGUAUAUUGAGGAAUUUCGUCAAUUUCUUCUUCAAAGUUAUCAUUACAAUAUAAAUGAUAAUUUAUGUGAUAAACACAUAGUAACUAAUUAUAAAUUACCAAAAAUUAUUAUUAUUAGUCGACGUAAUUAUAUUGCACAUCCACGUAAUAUAAAUGGACAUAUUAGUAGAAAAAUCAAUAAUGAAUUACAAUUAUUAAAUCAAUUAAAACAAUUAGGUUUUACAAAUUCAUUAAUUAUUGAUUUUAUUAAUUUAACUAUCAAUGAACAAUUAAAUUUAAUUAUUAAUACAGAUAUAUUAAUUGGUAUGCAUGGUGCUGGUUUAACUUAUAGUUUAUUAUUAUCAAAUACAUCAAUGUUAAUUGAAUUAUUCCCUAAUUAUUGUUGUAUUAAUAAUCAACAUUUUAUUAAAUUUACUAAAUUACGUCAUAUUGAUUAUUAUGCUUAUUAUGGUUUAUCAAUAAAUGAUAAUAAACAAUUAGAAUCAACUUAUAUACCGAUUGAUGAUUUUCAAACAAUCAUAUUACAAACUUAUAAGAAAUGGAAAGAAAAUUGUAUGAAAAUAAAUGAAAAAACAAAACAGAAAACAAAGAGUAGAUGAUCUUCUUUGAGGAACGGGCGGCGGGCGGAGGGUUUCGUUUCUUUGUUAGUUGUUUUGUUUUGUUUUGUUUUGAGAAACUACUUUUGGCGGUGUUCUAUCCUAGCGAAGAUUAAAUCAUGAGUAACUUCUGCUGAGACCUGUUAAUUGAGUAAUAUUAUCUAUACAUUCUUAUGGUAUAAUUAUUCAAUAAUUAGAUUAUAAAUAUUUAUAUUCCCCUUGUUAUAAGCUUUAUUUUGAUCUAUAAUUUAUUAUUGUACGAUUUACGGUUCUUAAGCUAUGCUCAGUUUAUUGAUGAUUACAGUCUCUCAAGUUCACAGCCACUUUUUGGCUCUAUUGUGUACAAAUGUGAUUUCCUAUUUUAUGAUGCGUUGCGAUCUUUUUUGAUUGAUAUGUCUGAAAUAAGUGAUUCGAUUCGAUUCGCAUAUUGGAACCUUGUAUUUGGUGUUCUGAACUCAAAUGGACGGGUUAGUCGGACACAUAGGAUCAAUAAGGACGCUAGACUGCUCAUACCGGUCGAACGUCAUUCAUUUUGGCAUAGUGCUACGAUUGUAAAAGUCGUAUUUUGAUUAGUGGAUAAAUCACGUGAUAAAAAGCCGGACAUAAAGUCAUAACAGGGGGGGUUUUCUUUCUUUUUUUUGUUUUUUUUUACAGUGAAAUAACUGAUUUAAUGAUGUAUAAACAUUUAUAUACAGAUCUAUAUAGAUACUAAUAAUAGUAUUUGUGAUACAUUGAAGAACAAAUAGAUAUUGUAAAUAGAAUUGUAGAUUACUCAGAAAUGGAAUGAAACAUUUUUCGGAGGGGGGGGAGGGGUUUUCUUUUCUUUUUUUAAAAAAAAGAAUUUUGAAGGGGGCGUUUUUAUCUUUUUUUUAACAUUUUUUUGCUGUUUUUUUUACGCUGAACUAAGUGAUUUAAUGAUGUAUAUAUAUCUAUAUAAAGUCUUAUAUGAAUAUUAAUAUAACUAUUUGUAAUACAUUGAAAAAUAAUUAGAUAUUGUAAAGAGAACUGUAGAUCGCUCAGAAACUGAA